AUGGCAGUAGGAAUGGCAGGGAUGAGAAUGGAAAGCUUGGUGCCAAGAAUAACUUCUUGCAAGUGGAGAAGCAAGUUUCAAAGAGUGGCACAUGGAACCUUGGAAACAAGAGUUCGAUCAGACUUCUUGCGAAGUGAGUUUGAGGACUUGCUGUGUGCAGUGCGACCAUGUCUCAUUUCCCUGGUCAAAACCUUCGGAUUCCCGUUCUCCAGUAGCCAUGGUUCAUGUUGGAACUACAACUACGGUGCUGUUGGAGAAGCUUUGAAGGUGGAUCUUCUAAGCCAUUUAGAAUACAUAAAGCAGAAUGCAACCCUUGCUUUCCAGGCUGCAAUAUGGAGAUGGAUGACACCAAUAAAGAAGUAUCAACCUUCUGCUCAUGAUGCCUUCGUUGGCAACUGUAAGCCUACCAAGAAUGACACUAUGGAGAAUCGCGUUCCUAGUUUUGGCACUACAAUGAACAUUCUCUAUGGGGAGGGUGUUUGUGGUCAAGGUGAUGUGGACACCAUGAACAAUAUCGUUUCCCAUUACAUGUACUAUCUUGAUCUUCUUGGAGUUGGUAGAGAAGAGGCUGGACCCCAUGAAUUACUUACAUGCGUUGAGCAGGUUCCUUUCAAUCCAUCUUCCAAAGCUGCCUCAUCAACUUAG